AGGCGGAACCGAAUAAAAGGAACGUGUUUUCUACCGAGCACAUUUCGAACAAGUACGCGUUCUCUCGUUGCCGUGGCAGCAGCGACUUCAGGAAGAACGUUUGAGCGAUUAAUGAUGGAUGCUCGACAGAUAGAUCUGCUCGGUGGCAACGAGAACAUAGUUGAAAUGCAGAAUUUGGAAGGAGAAGACUUUGCUGUUUCUAAAUCAUCGGAUGCUGAUGCAGAAUUUGACAUGGUUAUCGGGAACAUCGAGGAUAUUAUAAUGGAGGAUGAAUUCCAACAUCUCCAGCAGUCUUUCAUGGAGAAAUAUUACCUUGAGUUUGAUGACUCUGAAGAAAACAAGCUCAGCUAUACACCUAUUUUUAAUGAAUAUAUUGAAAUCCUAGAAAAACAUCUGGAGCAGCAGUUGUUGGAGCGAAUUCCUGGAUUCAAUAUGGAUGUCUUCACCCAUUCACUCAAACAGCACAAAGAUGAAGUCUCGGGUGACAUACUAGACAUGCUGCUCACUUUCACUGACUUUAUGGCCUUUAAAGAGAUGUUCAUUGAUUACAGAGCAGAAAAGGAGGGUAGAGGAUUGGACCUUAGUACUGGCCUGGUGGUGAAGUCUUUAAACUCUGCUUCCGCUUCACCUCUGACCUCCAGCAUGACCUCACAAUAGAACUGAACCAAUGGGCAACACAU